AUGGCCACUCUGAGUGUAAAGCCAGGCCAGAGGUUCACACUACCAGAUUGGCAUAUCAGUUCUGACCUCCUCUCGACCAAUGCUGAGCGCCAACGCUCUGCUUCUCACCAAAUUAGGCAAGAAGCCCGAAUCCUUCGCAAUGAAACAAAUAACCAGACAAAAUGGGAUGAGUACGACAACCGCACACGUCUUAAUGAGCGUCUUGACAUUGUCAAUCGAUGGAAAGAAACUCUGGAUAAGUGCCUCACCGACAUGGACACAGAAAUCAAUAGCUUGACUCAAAUGAAGGAGGCAGCAGAACAUGCCCUCCAAGCUAAAAACCUGCCGUUGGAUGUGGCCAUUGAAAAUCUCACUUACCGUGAGAGUCGCCGAGCCAUUGAUGUAGUGAAGGACCACGUGGAGGAAGAGCUGCACAAGGAAGUGGAAGUGAUUGAUGCCACCAAGAAAGACCUUCAGCAGAAAGUCAGUGAGGCUUUUGAGCAGCUCUGCCUCUUGCAGGAGGCCCGGCAGCAGUUAAAUUUUGAUCACCGAGGGAAGAGGGAAGCCCUGGAGAUCGACCAGACCUGCGUUUCUCUCGGUGUCAACUCUCCCAAUAUCUCCUACAAAGUCAACCCCACCCGGCUGCCAGUUGGGACAAUCACACCAGAACAGUGGGACCAAUUCAGUCAAUACAACAAGGAUCGGGCAGAGACAGAAAUGAAAGCCGCCACAGAAUUGAGAGAGGCCAUUGCUCUCACCAUUGCGCAGACCGACAAUGAGUUAGAAGCUCAACGUGUGGCUACCGAAUUUGCUUUCCGGAAGAGGAUCCAUGACCUGGAAAAAGCUCUUGAUGAGCUGAGAUGGCAAGAAAAGAAUACACUGGAAGAAAUUGCUGAGAUGGAGGAGGACAUUCGACGUCUGGAGGAAGAUCUCCGGAAGAAAAUGGCCAAUCUGAAAUUGGCUCACACUCGCUUGGAGACUCGGACUUACCGUCCCAACAUGGAGCUUUGCCGUGACCAGGCUCAACAUGGAUUAACAGAUGAAGUUCAUCAACUAGAAGGGACAAUAGCUGCAUUAAAGCAAAAAAUGGCGCAAUCACAGGACGCUCUGGAUGCCCUCUAUAAGCACCUGUACCGCAUCCAGGCAGAUAUUUCUUACAAGAUGAACUCUCUGGUGCUGGAUAACAAAUGCAUGGAUGGCAGGCGUAAGCUGACGGUUCCGGCCGAGAAAUUUGUGCCAGAGGUGGACACUUUCAACCGCACAACCAACCGUACUCUCUCACCCCUCAAGAGCCGGCAACUGGAGCUGGCCUAG